AGUCGUAAACUGAUCGAUAAAUGAAAUGGUGUAGCGGUUAAUGCGAAUGAGAGAGUGAGGUUAAGAAGAAUGUUGAUUUUACCUUGAAAGUAGAUAUAGUUGAAAUAAUCACCAAAGAAUAUGAAGUUGACGGCCGGCAUGCGUUUUCAUCAUGUACAUUCGUCGGCCGUCUAUUCAAAGCAGAAUUAUUCGAUCGUUGAGAGAGAUAUUAAUCAAUUGGGUCACGGUAUAGUUUUUACGUCACAUCCAAUAAAUAUUGGUCAAAGGAUUCGAUUAAGAUUAAUAAGAACGAACUUAAAAUCUGUUGGAACUCUUCGUGUUGGAUUAACUAUUCAUGAUCCGAAAACUCUUCGAGCUGAAAAUCUACCAAAGUUUUCGUGUCCUAAUUUAUCGAACAAAGAAGGUUUUUGGAUGAAAGCCUUACCGCCAACAAAUACAAGAACGUUCGACACAGUAACAUUUUAUGUAAAUUCUAGGGGAGUUCUACAUUAUAUGGUCGGUGGACUACACAAAGGUUCUCUUUUGGCUAAGCUACCAAGUAGCAGAUCUAUGUGGAUGAUAUUUGAAUUAUUUGGUGAUGUUAUUGGUUUGGAAUUUCAAAGUGGAGAGGAGGCACCUGCAGAAAUAGUGGCUAGGGGACCAGACGCAAUUCAACAAUUUCAUUCUGCUUGCGAAGAUGGCACCGAAGCGGUGUAUAGGACGAGAUUAAUGAUAGUGGGAGGUGAGGGAGUAGGAAAGACGAGUUUAAAGAAUUCCUUACUUGGUAUAAAGCAUAGCUCAAGAGAAGAAAGAACGCAUGGAAUCGAUUUGUCGGCAUCAUGCUCCUUUUCGCUACGGGAGGGUUCUUCUUGGAAACUGGCCAUAUCGAAAGGCAAACCUUGGCUUCAGUCACCUCACUCACCUUCACCCAGGAAAAUAACACCGACGGAAAUAUUAGAAGAGGAGUAUAAUUAUGCUAUUGCUUCGAAUAUCGUCCAAGAACUAAUAUUCAAACGACGUCUAAAUGAACAGUUAAUCAGUGAGUCUAAUAGGGAUAAGGGUCAAGAUAAACAUUUAGAGGAUACAAAAAAUACUCAAUCGUCCUAUUUGGACGAUGUCGAAACAUCUGCACUAUUAACGGAUGUAACAGAGAGAGUUGCCACUUUGGUAGAGCGUUUAUUGGCCGAAAGUGGUAGGACGGAGGAGAAGAACGACGAUGUAGAUGAGGACGACGUAGUUCUAAACAUAUGGGACUUUGCUGGAGGAAAUACGUAUUACGCAUCUCAUCAAAUAUUUCUUACUCCGAGAGCAGUGUAUAUUGUCGUUUGCAAACUAGUCGAUAAUGAAAAGGAUAGACAGAAAGUAAAUGCUUCCGUUGAUUACUGGCUAAGAAUGAUACAUUUGUACACGGCGGAAAAUUCAAAGACAGGCGAUUCAUCUUUAUCCCCUCCAGUAUUUAUUGUUGGAACUCAUAGGAAUCAGUUAGACGAUGACGGAACGAAAAGAAUAAAACUUGCCGACGAGGAAUUCGGUAGAAUUGAGGAAAUGGUUCAAAGUAAACAUUACGCCAACCACAUUGUGCCAAAAUAUUAUGCCGUCGACAACGAUCUAGCAAACGACAAAGAGAUCGGCAACCUGAAAAAGCAUAUAGAGAAAGUUGCUUUAAAUGAAGAGUAUAUGGGGGAAGAGACGCCCAGUCGUUGGUUAAAAAUUGAAAGUCAAUUAUACGAAAAGGUGGAGGAGGGUAUAUAUUUUAUAACGUUUGAACAAAUGAAACGGUUGGCUAACGAAUACGACGUCGAGAGUGUUGAAGAACUUUACACUCUACUACAUUUUUUACACGAUGUUGGCUCUAUUUUGUAUUUCGGUUCGCUGACAUCGCUAGAUUCUACUCUAAAUUCUAUUAUAAUUCUACAACCUCAAUGGCUUAUCGAUAUGUUUGAACGCUUGAUCGACUGUAACGCCUACGUGUCAGAUGCUAAUGAACAAUACGCUGCAAAACUUGAAAAUCAGGGUGUUUUAGACGAACGCCUAAUAAGUGAAGUUGCGCAAGAUGUUAGCCAGCAAAUACCUGCUUUGUUGGGUUUAUUAGAGAAAUUUGAUCUGAUUUGUAGAAGUGUUCCAUCAAAGGCUGCAUCGUUAAACGGCGAUAGUGUUAAAAUAGGGAAAUCGUAUAUAGUUCCUUGUAAGUUACCAUUGAGUAACAGUAAAUUAUAUAAUCCAGUAUCUACCAAUGACGUUCGGUUUUAUUACGACUUUAAUGGAUUUCUACCGGAAAGUGUUUUUAAUCGCAUAUUAGUUAGAUCAAUUCGUUGGUCUCAAUCAUCCAGCUCAUACUCACCGAAACUCUUUCGUCGCCAAGCUAGAUUAUACUUAGAUAGUGAACAUGAUUUUUGCCUAGAAAUGCCCAACAGUGAAAAUCCUUCAAGAAUUACUAUUGCUGUUAUUAGAACAAUGGACGCAGAGGAGAGCGCCGAAAGACAAAAGACCAUUUUACAACCAAAGUCAACGGCUAAUGCAAAAGUAAGAAAUUUCUUGGAAACUACAUUGUCCGAGAUAAAAGGUACUUGGUUAAGAAGAUUAAGUUACAGAUGUGUCGUUCAAUGUCCGUGUGAUAAACCAUGCUAUUAUCAUGGGGAUUCGCGUUGUAAACAGGUACAAUGCAUGCAUUUCCUUGAUUUAGACGAAUGUCUAGCGUCAAAAGUUGUAUCGUGUGAACAUCGUCGUAUAAAGACUGGUCAAUUUCGAAAGUGGUUUCCAGCUAUUGUUGAAGAGCGUAUGGGACCAAUUUUAUCAAAGUCUAUAACUCAAGAUUAUGAAUUAUUAAAGAAGCAUAGUGAAGCUAAAAACACUGAAGUUCCUCAAUGGGUAAAGAGUGCUGCAAAAUUAUUAAACGGAGGAGGUGAAGGACAAGACUGGUCGUCGCUCGGCAAGAGAUUGGGAUAUAAAAGAUCCAAAAUGGAUCGUUUUAAUGAUGACUUAAACCCCGGCCUUGCUUUGCUAUUAGACUGGUUAAUAAGUUCGGGAAAUACAGCUUUAUCAGUUGACAUGAUCGUAUCUUGCUUAGAGCAAAUGAAAAGAGAUGAUAUUGUAGAUAUCAUUCAUAAAGGACAAGGUAAGCUGAUCGAUAUGGGAUUUCUCCCUAUGAUGCGUUUCAAUUAGAAUCAUUUAUUCCUAAUUUAUGAGUCUUUUCUUCCCCUUCACUAAUAGAAAAUGAUAGUCCUUCACCACAAGUGUUCAUAAGUUAUGAAUGGGAAUCCCAGGACGACGUCAAAGCAAUAAGGGAUCGUCUCGAAAAGUGUGGCUUUUCCUGCUGGAUGGAUAUUGGUCAGAUGGGGGGAGGCGAUCAAUUAUACGCUAAAAUUGAUAGAGGUAUACGUAAUUGCAAAGUUGUUCUUGCCUGCAUUUCGCCAAGGUUUAUCGUUUCUCACUAUUGCCAAAGAGAAUUAAAUUUGGCCGAUCUCCUUCGAAAACCUAUCGUACCUGUCUUAAUUCGUUCAGUACCUUGGCCACCGCCAGGCUCGAUGGCUCUACUCCUAGCUCAACUAGUAUAUAUAGACCUUGAGGGAAUAGGAGGACACGGUGGAUGCGGAGUUCACGCUGAUUUAGAGGAAAAAUAUCGAGAAAUUGUUCAAAGAAUUUCCAGACACGCUCUACCAUCACAUAUACGUUCUCCACCACCAAUGGAAGAGGAUCAAGACAUUGAUGUACCUCAUUCGAAAGUUCUCAUUCAAGAAUAUCGCCGUCCGUCCAGGAGGGUAAACCUAUAUAAUGCCGAAGAGUUUAGAAACAGUUCAGAAGUUGGCAAUAGAAGACAAGUUGAACAAGUUCAUAUUCCGCGGUGCACUGUCUGUACAAUUUUGUAGAAAAAGAUAAAAAUAAAAGAUAACUCAAAGGAGUAAUCAAAGAGAGAGAGCGCGUGAGAGACAAAGAGACAGAGAGUAGAAAAGAAGUAAAAUAGUAAUAGUUUCUCUCUCUGUAUAAGUUAGUUUGUGCGUAUGAAAAAGAGUGCAAAAUGAAAAGGUGACUUUGCAAGUGAUAAAUAUAUAGAUAUUUUAAAAUUAAGAAGAAUCAGUAUUUUCAUUCAUUUUCUUUCUUUCUUUCUUUCUUUCUUUAUUUUCUAUUGUUUUAUUAUUACAAUGUUCAUCAUUUUACCCUUGAUGUGAUCCUGUGAUAUUAAUUUGUCUCCAGUUAUGCAGUUAACAUUCUCCGUCCGCGUUGUAUAAAUCUGUCGUUGCUUUCGUUGUUGAUAAUAUUUUUAAUACACUUGUGGUGCAUGUAUUUAUUUAAAUGGAUGCACAUUCAAUAUAUUGAAUAUAAUGUAUAUACUCUAUCUCUAAUAUAUAGAUGAUACAUACUGAU